CCUCUUUCGGAGCUGGGCUUUGCAGCCUGCGGGGUGGGAAAACAGCGCAGAAGGGAGAGGAGCUGGCAAUGAAUUUGGGGGGGUUGAUGCCCUGACAGUGUGGCAGUGUCCCCCGGCUGGGGACAGGGAGAACAGGGUGGCUUUUCUUUGCCGUGCUGAUCAGCAUUCAGCUGGGGACACAGAGCACAGCUGGGAGGAUGCUCCCGCGGAUCCGGGGUGACUUCCUCGCUCGGGGGGGGGGCUGAGUCUGCUGUCCCCAGCCAUGCCACAUCCCCUGCGGGGUCACGUCCCUCCCGCAGCCCUGUUUCUGUUUGCUCGGGUUUCUUUCCCUUUGUACGCCCCAAAUCUGGAGCGAUGUCCCCAAGGUUUUGUCCCCUGACAAAGCCCAAGCCAAGGUUAGGGACAGCAUCACUGCACUGCUGGGAUGUAGCAGGCAGGAUGCUCAGAAAAAGUGAGGGGUUUUUUUUUCUUUUUAUUGCCUGAAAAGUGCCAGGAGAAAACCUUGGAUUAUUAGAAGAGAGUAGAGGAGAUGAAAGAACUUUCAUUAUCUUGGAAGCCAAGUCAUUUUAGGCAGCUCAGAAGUACAAACUGCCCUUUUUCAAGGAAAUCUUUGCCUGUGUUGGUGCAAACGCCCAAAAAUUUUCCCCUUUAAUCCUCAAACCUUCCCAAGAACAGAACAGAUGGAGCAAAAGGCCAGGAUUUUACGAACGGGGUGGCUCUUUCAACACUCGGUGCCAGGGAAGGCCGAGUUCCUCUGCCGGAGUUUCACCCUGGGAGGGGCCUUUCAUGACCCAAAUUUUGAGGUUAAACCCCUUCUUCUGGCAGCAUUGGGGCGCUUUCCCCAUGGGGGUGACCCCACCAUGUGACCUGGAGGAUCUGUGGGAUCCAUCCCAUCCUAUCCCGACCCAUCCCGCUCAGCCUGGCUGGCUCUGCCCAGAUAAACACUGACUCAUGUUUUUCUGUCCCACCCUGGGCACAGCAGCUUUUUUAAGGCUGCCUUUUCCAGCUAUUCCCUUUUUCCUGCACUGUUCACACGGGUGUGGUGCAGCCUCAGCCUCAGGGAUGCAGGGAGAGGCUGCCGGGUGUGGGGGUCCCGGAUCCAGGAUGGAGAACUGGGAUGUGUCUGAGUGGAUGCAGCUCAUGCCUUAGGCCGGUGUGGAGGGAGCUGCAGUUGUGCCCUGGGACACUGAACUGUCACCUGUCCCCAUCCCGACAAAGAGGAGAGAGCAGGGGAAGAUCCCUGGCCGCAGACCCCAGCAUCCCAGCUCCCCGGGAUCACACGGAUCAGCUGCCGUUCCCAGGGAGGAUGGCGCUUCCCAACCUCUCCGAUUACCUGGACGGCCUCAAUAACAACUACAGCGACUACGCCGACUACACCUACGAGGACAGCGGCAGCGUGUGGGCAGACCCGGCCCACGACCCCAAGGACAUCACCAGGAUCCUGUCUGUCAUCAUCUACAGCGUGUCCUGCGUGCUGGGCAUCCUGGGCAACGGCCUCGUUAUCGCCAUCAUCACCCUGAAGAUGAAGAAGUCGGUCAACGCGGUCUGGUUUCUCAACCUGGCCGUGGCCGACUUCCUCUUCAACAUCUUCCUGCCCAUCAACAUCGCCUACACGGCCAUGAGCUACCACUGGAUCUUCGGCACGGUCAUGUGCAAGCUGAACUCCUUCCUCCUCAUCCUCAACAUGUACACCAGCGUCCUGCUGCUCACCACCAUCAGCUUCGACCGCUACGUGUCCGUGGUGUUCCCGGUGUGGUCGCAGAACCACCGCUCCACCAACCUGGCCUACGGGGUUUGUGUGAUCAUCUGGACCGUGGGCAUCGUCAUGAGCUGCCCCUCGCUCGUCUUCCGGGACACGGCGCAGACCCGAAACUCUGUGAUUUGUUUCAGCAACUUCUCCCUCUCCAGUAAUAAAUCCUACGAAGGGCUGGCUCUGAUGAGGCACCGCACCGUGAACAUCACCAGGUUCCUGGCCGGGUACAUCCUCCCCAUCACCAUCAUCACCUUCUGCUACGUCGCCAUCGUCUUCAACCUGCGCCGCAACCGCCUGGCAAAGUCCAAGAAGCCCUUCAAGAUCAUUGUCACCAUCAUUGUCACCUUCUUCCUCUGUUGGAGUCCCUACCACCUGCUGAACCUGCUGGAGACGGUGCCCGACACAGUGCCCUGGUCUGUGUUUGAGAUCUUCAUCCCACUCACCACGGCUCUGGCAGCCUCCAACAGCUGCAUGAACCCCGUCCUCUACGUCUUCAUGGGCCAGGACUUCAAGAAGUUCAAGGUGACCCUCCUUUCCAGGCUGGUGAACGCCCUCAGCGAGGAGACAGGACACUCCAGCAUCGUGCACAGGAGCUUCUCCAAGGUCUCCUCCAUGACUGAGAAGGAGACAACAGUUGUCUAAACCCAGCCUGCAGGAGGGACAGAAUCCCCUGGUGUUGGCGCUGUGAUGGUGACCAGCCCUGGUGUGGUCAAGCAUUGUCCAGCACUGUCCUACAGCCCAUUUUUGACUGGUGUUGCUGCCUGGGGGCUGGCAGGGGAUGGAGACCCCCAAGGUAUGGAGAAGACACCACCACCCUUAAUCUUGGGUGGGAUUGCAAAAAUCCUUGUGCCAAACUAAGAAUACAUUUUUGGGCAUUGGCUGACCCAGGAAGGGCUUUCCUGGAGUUUCCAGAGACACUGUGGUGGGGUGCAGGAUAUCAGGAAGGCAUCUCCUGUGCCAUGGCCAAAUUGGUGGCACUCCUCUGUCCCAUGUCUGUGUGUGGCUCCCCAUGGUAAUUCCUGAGGUAUUUUGGUACCAGAACAAGGUGUUUGUGACUUUUUUUGGGAAGUGUCCUUAGGAGGGGUUGGAAUAUCCCGCCUCAGAGAACUGGGAAGUCUCAAAUGUCUUCUAAGUGAUCCAGACCCAGGGCCACCUUGUCCCCACCAGUGUGGGGACUGGGCUCACACACAGGGUUGCCAGCAUGGAAAACUGGGAGAAGAAAGAGGGAAAGGUCAAUUUGAAAUGUCUUUUUAGCCCUUCUUUUGAUGGGCACAUUCCACACGGUACAUCCUGCAGAACAAUUGGAUGUCUGGGGCUAGGAACAGGCCCAUGAGCUUCUGGGGAGGACCUGCUGUCCUCUCUUGCAUCCAGGGGAGCCUGGCUCUGUUGCCAGCUGUUCCCUGCUGGGAUCAGUUGAUUCUACAGGAUGAUUUUGUCUCUCCUGUCUUGGGACACUCUGGGAAUCUCCAGGGAGACUCUGCUGCCACACAUUGAUCUCUGCAGCGAAGGAGGGGCCAAGCCACCACCUCCAUCCAAUUUCACACCCAGUUAAUUUUGGAGCUCCUUCUCCAUUAGGGCUCCUUCCCAUGACCCUGGUGUCACCCUCAUUUAUGUGUCACUCCCUGGAGCUGGCUUUGGGCAGCCCUCAGUGGCCCUGGGGACAUUUCAAGUGGCCCCUUGGGGAGCUUUCUGCAAGUUUUGGCCAUUGAGAAUCUGCUCCCAGGUGCCCACAGAAGCUGAAAUAUUUAUUUAUAGCUUUCCUUGGAAAUCAGAAAAUGGAAAAUAAAAUGGAGAGACAUUUCCCGGGAAAAGGCAGGGAGCUAUUUCCAGGCAGAAGAUCUUGCCAGCUGCAGGUACAAGUAAAGCCCUGAUAACUGAGCUGCAGGAACGUCGUGGAUCAGAGCGGGUGCUGCGGCAGGAACAGGAUUUCAGGAUUUCGGGAUUUCAGAACUUUGGGAUUUCGGGAUUUCAGGAUUUCAGAGGAAUUAUCUGGGGUCCGCCCCAGCACUGCCUUGCUGCUCCACCUCGAUCUGCAUCACCUCCUCCAUGUGAUGGGACACUCAGCACCUGGAUUGUCUCCGUGUCUCCUGGGGUUGGGAUCCACCCACUUCCCUAGGGAACGCUGUCACACAUCCCUGCACCACACCACGUCCCAUGGCCAAGCCCAGGGCUACUCCCAGCCCUGAUCCACAGAGAUUUUUUCCUCCAAAACCCGUGCUGGAUCCAUACCCAUGGAAGAUGCAGUGCCUGAGGAGGCUGCAGGGCCUCUCUGGUGGUGGGAGGAGGCUCCUCUUGCUCAUUUUCCCCAGUAUUUAAUUAAUAUUGCUGGAAGGUUGCCAGGAUCCUGUUAGGAGUGGGAUAGGACAGAUGGGAUGGACGGGACAGAUGGACACACAGGGACACACAGAACUUGCAGAGGAUCUGUUUAGGGAGCAGUGGGAAUGGGAUGUACCCAGAGCCAGCAGCCCCUGGGGCUUGUGGGCUCAGGGUUUGGAGAAGGCUUGGAUGUGGGAAUGAACCUCAAGGACUGGAUGCCAUCCCAUGGCCCCUCAGGUUGUUGCUGGGAUGUUCAUAAUGGAUUUAGGAUGCUCCUCACUAAUUCUGGUGUCUGUUUUUUCCAAGCCCAUCUGUUAUUACUCCAAACAGCUUUCCAAAAAAAAAAAAAAAAGAAAGCAGUGCCUUGGUACUUACCCUGGGGUUAAACCAUCCCUGUAAUGGCAGCUUGGCAAUCCCGAGUUUCCCAAAUAUUUGGGUGCAUCUUUGUAGCUGUUUGCUUAUUUAAUAAAACCUCUGUUUUCCUGACAAAUA